AAAACAAAAGGAGCUGCACGAUAAAUCAAUCCGGAGGAAGUGGAGACAGAUCAGAACGCUUGGACGCGUCCGUGACUGCGUGAAAGCGCAGCACUUCCGGAGAAGAAGCUGUGCGUGACAUCUCCCGCAAGGCGCAUCCUCAUCAGAUCUGCUGCACGUCCUGAAAAACCCAGAGUCUGCACUUCACCUGAGCUUCCAGCCUCAGCCAUGUCCAUGUUCGGAGACGCAGCCGGCUUGUCCAGGAGUUCCCCGACCCCCAGGCUGUGUGGAGUGCUGUGUCCGCUCGACUCGCUGUGGACCGACGGGAAGAAGACGGACGGACAGCAGAGGGGCAACAACACGGAGAACAGGAAGGUGGAGAUCCGCAGGAGCGCUGGCAAAGAACUGCUGCAGAACAUCAAUGACCAGAGUGAGCGCUUGUUAAUUAAAGGAGCGAAGAUUGUGAACGAUGACCAGUCCUUCUUAGCAGAUAUCUACAUGGAGGAUGGACUCAUCAAGCAGAUCGGUGAGAACUUGAUUGUUCCAGGUGGGGUGAAGACCAUCGAUGCUCAUGGCCGCAUGGUGAUGCCGGGGGGUAUCGAUGUCCACACUCGCUUCCAGAUGCCCGACCGAGGCAUGACGGCAGCUGAUGAUUUUUAUCAGGGCACCCGGGCGGCGGUGGCAGGAGGAACCACCAUGAUCAUUGACCACGUGGUUCCGGAGCCCGGUAUCGGUCUGAUCGCGGCGUUUAAUCAGUGGCAUCAGUGGGCCGACAGCAAGUCCUGCUGCGAUUACUCGCUCCACAUCGACAUCACCGAGUGGCACAAAGGCAUCGCCGAGGAGAUGGAGACGCUCGUCAAGGACCACGGUGUUAACUCUUUCCUGGUCUACCUGGCCUACAAGGACAUCUUCCAGCUGACCGACUCUCAGAUCUACGAGGUGUUCAGUGUGAUCCGGGAUCUCGGCGCCAUCGCACAGGUCCACGCUGAGAACGGAGACAUCAUCGCAGAGGAGCAGCGUAGAAUCCUGGAGUUGGGGAUCACCGGACCGGAGGGACAUGUUCUGAGCCGUCCAGAGGAGGUGGAGGCCGAGGCAGUGAAUCGCUCCAUCACAGUGGCCAAUCAGACCAACUGUCCCCUUUACAUCACCAAGGUGAUGAGCAAGAGCGCAGCUGAUGUCAUCGCCCAGGCCAGGAAGAAAGGUACCGUGGUGUACGGAGAGCCGAUCACGGCCAGUCUCGGCACAGACGGCUCGCACUAUUGGAGCAAAAACUGGGCCAAAGCUGCAGCGUACGUGACCUCGCCGCCCCUGAGUCCAGAUCCCACUACGCCUGAUUAUCUCAACUCCCUGCUGUCAUGUGGUGACCUCCAAGUGACGGGCAGUGCCCACUGCACCUUCAACACCGCGCAGAGAGCCGUGGGCAAAGACAACUUCACCCUCAUCCCCGAGGGGACCAACGGCACAGAGGAGAGGAUGUCCAUCAUCUGGGACAAGUGUGUGGUCUCUGGGAAGAUGGAUGAGAACCAGUUUGUGGCGGUGACCAGCACAAACGCAGCGAAGAUCUUUAACCUUUACCCGCGUAAGGGCCGCAUCGCUGUGGGGUCAGACGCAGACCUGGUGCUGUGGGACCCUGACCUCACCAAGAUCAUCUCGGCCAAGAGCCACAAUCUGGCGGUGGAGUACAACAUCUUCGAGGGCAUGGAAGUGCGUGGAGCUCCUCUGGUGGUCAUCAGCCAGGGGAAGAUCGUGCUAGAGGAAGGAACCCUGCACACCACCGAGGGCUCAGGGCGCUACGUGGCCCGGAAACCAUUCCCCGACUUUGUCUACAAGAGGAUAAAAGCCCGCAGCAGGCUUGCCGAAUUGAGGGGCGUUCCUCGUGGCCUGUACGAUGGACCGGUGUGUGAGGUCACCGUCACCCCCAAGGCUGUGACUCCUGCUUCUUCAGCCAAAACAUCUCCGUCCAAGCAGCAGGGACAACCGGUCAGGAACCUGCACCAGUCUGGAUUCAGCCUCUCCGGUGCUCAGGUCGACGAUAACGUUCCACGCCGCAGCACUCAGCGCAUCGUGGCGCCCCCUGGUGGCAGGGCUAACAUCACUAGCCUGGGUUAGAGCUCUUGGCUCGCUGCAGGAGAGACGAGGGGGUUGGAGGGCGUUUACAAGUGGAGGUGUUUCCCAUACCGACGCUAGGUCCAGAGUCGAGACUCUCCACUCCCGAAACCCACUAACCCUCCUUUAAUCUCAUCAUCCCCUACUGUUACCCCGAGUCCCCUUUCUGCCCUUAACCCUAAACCGUAACCCUUAACCCUUAAACCCUAAACCCUCUCCUCGAGGAAAAAUUUAGUGAAAAAAAAAGAAGUAUUUGCCUCAUGUGAAGAUAAAAGGAAAAGAAUUAACACUCCAUAUUUGAGCACCUUGAUUGUAUGAUUUAGCAUUUUUUAUACUGUAUUUUUACCUAUCGUGUGUCAUUUGAUAUAUUUUUUUCUUCUUUAUUUAACACCUUUUUAAAAAUUUUUUUUUAAUUGGAGGGGUCCAGAUAAUAGGCUAAGCGGUUAUUGUUUACCAUUAGAACUUUAUUUAACAAGGUGAGUGGCAUAUAGAGUCCUAGCUUGGAGCACAUCCAGUGGCAUAAAGUUGUUUCUCUGUCAUUGUUGGGGGUUUUCUCUGAUUUUCUGUAAGUAUACUAACCUAAAGGAUUCGUUGCAUAAUUGGGAAAAAAAAUUGUUAGAAGUUCAACUAAGAUCCUAAUCGUAUUUUGGCUAUAUUUUGUUAUUUUUUUAUUUCUCGUGUGUGAGAGCUAACUCAUAAUAGAAACUGAAAACUCGGCAUCAGUUUAAAAAAAACAUCAGGGCAUCGAAUCGAACUACAAUUGAUUCCUCUCUAUUUUAGUCACACGAUCUGAAGAAAUCUAAUCCGUACGAGGGAGCGGCUUUGAUGUUGCAGCGUUAGUUGUGUGAUUGGUAGCUGAUGAAAUUGGCGCACCGUGCGAGGACGUUUCUGGCUUGUUGAGCUUGAUCAGGUUACGGAAGAUGCGAAUCAGAAAAAGGGAGAAUUAGGAUGACACGAAUCAGGAAGACUCAAAUUAGGAAGAUGCAAAUUAGGAUGACGUGAAUGACGCAAAUUGAAGAUGCAAAUUAGGAAGACGCAAAUCAGGAAGACUCAAAUUAGGAAGACGCAAAUUAGGAUGACACAGAUCAGGAAGACAUAAAUUAGGAUGACGUGAAUCAAGAUGACACGGAUCAGGAAGACUCAAAUUAGGAAGACGCAGAUCAGGAUGACGCGAAUCAGGAAGACGCAGAUGGAAAACUAGGAAUUGACCCAGAUGAAUGUCCUAUUUUUAUCAGUUUGCAUUGUUCUAGCUGUUUUACACCGUAUUUGUCCAGAAUGUGGGGUUUCCAGGAUCAUCACUUCCUCCCGCUCCUGAUUUGCGAUCAUUAUUCGAAUCGUGUUUCGCUUUUCAGUGAAAUUUUUUGCAGGUUCCAAUGUUUAUUUUUUGUUUGUUUAUUAUUAUUUUCACGUGCCAUUCCUUUCCUGCAUCAAUACGGACACAGCGUUGUUUUUUUUUUUUUUUUUUAUGCAGACGGAAACGAAAAUGUAAUAACCUUCUGAUCUCCGCUAACACUUUACGCCUGUGCCUAAAGUAACAGAAGUUUACUGAUCAUUUUUAACAACCAUUUUCUUUUCAUUUUUUUAUUAUUAUUAUUAUUAUUAUAUUUUUAAAAACUAUAUUCAAAAAAAAGAAGGCUAUAGACGUCGAAUAGCCGAAGUAAACCGAUGCAAAGGUGCCAGAUUUUUUUUUCUUCUCAAGCCCUUUUUCCGGAAGGGUCUUGUGUGUCGCAGUGCCAUUCCAGGGGUGUCCAGUGUCAGUGUUGUUAGUGAUGUAGUGCAAAACGGAUGAUGGUCAUCAUCUCCAACAAGGGAAUUUAUUUCAACACAUCGCAUCGACUGACCGGGUUUUCAAAAAAAAAAAAGAAAAAAAAAGAAAAAAGAAAAAUAAAAGAGAAAAAAAAAUUGUCGAAAGAGUUCGAGCCAUUUUUUUUUUAUUAACGGUUUAAAUUGAACUAUGGGCCAUUAUCAUAGUUGUGAAAAUGUUGUGUAAAAACGUCGCACUUUGCAUCUCCUGAGAAGAUCGCCUUUUUAUUUUUAUUUUAAAUUUUUUUUAAAUACACAUCUGUUCAGUUUUUCUCUCAUCUGCAAAAAUCUUGGCUCCUCUGUCGCUCACCUUUUCCUCCCCAUGACUACAUAUAAACACACACACACACACACACACUCCUCCUACUCCUCCUUCCCAGGGGUGCGAGUCGUACGCUCUUUCCUUGGCUGCCGGUUCCUCAAGCUGUUUUAACUCUAUAAGGAAUUCGCAAUAAGAUUGCGGGAGAGACGUAAGAGUCCUGACGGUCCGGAGUGAGAAGUAAACGAGGGGAUUUCCGAUAUGGAAGUUAGUGCAGGAGUAGACGAGCGGCAACGUUAGCAUGUCCUGAAUGCUGGAAAAGAAAGAAAGAAAGAAAGAAAGAAAGAAAGA